GUGAUACGCCUGAAGUUUGUCCUCGCUGGCUUUCCAUCCCUUAGACAGCUCGGCUUCAGUGCCACAAACAGGGAAGAAUUUCCAUCAAACUCGUUUGGAGCUGUGACUCAUUUACCCUUAAGUCUCUGUAUCGCAUUAACACCUUACAUUAAACACAAACACAAACACACGUGUGACAUGUGGACUAACACAGAGCAGCCGGUGUAGUUUAUUCAUCAACUUUACAUCAGAUAUUCAACAAGUAGGACUGCUCUGUCUGGACGCUUUACACACUGGUGCUCAGUUUGUUCCUGUGGAGUGUGUUUGCGCACUGUACUCCUUCAGACAUCAAGUAUCGGAGCAGGCCGUGUCUUUGUGGCCAUGAGGAAUCAUGGCAGAGUUGGAGGUGGAUCAGACUAACCUGCCGCGGGUUCAGGAGGUGUCCCAGUAUUUCUCAGUACUGGAGGAUGGAGCGUUGGCACAUAACCUACAGGAACAAGAAAUUGAACAGUUCUACAGUUCCAAUGUACAGAGGAACCAACUGGUUCAGAAAGACAUCCGUGUAGCCAAGAGGCUGCAAAAUGAGGAGCAACAUAGAGCUCAAAUGCUUCGUGAGCAAGCUACUCGUCAACUGGAAGAGCAGGACUCUGAGUACGCUCGCAGGAUUCAAGAGGAGAUCCAGCAUGCUGCUGAAGAACAGAGGAAGAGGGAAGAAGAAGAUGAGGAAAUAGCAAAGCAAAUACAGGAAGAGGAAGAGUUAUACGUCAGACAGAGAAACAGCUGCCGAAGAACAGAUGCUAGAGAGAACGGCCGCACCAUCAGGUCACCAAACACACAUCAGCCUAGUCGGCCCCUCUCCAGUGAAGAGGAAGAGUUGGCCUGGCAUGGCCAGGCGCGCUCUCCCUCUCCUUCCACCUCAGACUAUGAGGCUGACCACUGUGAACAUAGGAGGCCUUUUAAUAGGGAGUAUGCAGACACUGCUAAGCAGAGACGUCAGCUGCCUCUCAGGAGACGAUCUGGACAAAGCCGCAGUAGCUUUGCCAGCCAGAGCAGCACAUCCGGGCAUCUUCAUGGAGGUUGGGGUGACGUUGUCCGACUCAUAAAGAAUGACCUGAGUGAGCAGGGCUAUCUCAGUUACAGUUCUGAAGAUGAACUCUUUGAGCCCGUCUAUAAACUGGAAAGAAUCCUAAGCCAGCGGCAGCAUGCACUGGAGCGGCGUGGUGAGCAACGGGCAAGACUGUCCCGCCACAGCAGUAUGAGAGAGGGAAACAGCCGAACAUGGCAGGGAUACCAAGUGGGCCAGGUGGAAAGAAAAAGGCACUCCGUGUACAAGAACAGCGAAAGUGUGAGACUUCACAGCAGUAGCGACUGGAAAUCAGGGGAUGGACAAAGGCGUGUGCGCUUUCAGGAUGACCAGAUGCGUCGUAACUUUUAUAUUAAUAAUCGUAGACCAUUUGAGGAAAAUCAUGGCGGAGAAAGGGAACUAAGGAGCUCUACCAUGAGACCUUAUCAAGGUGAUGUUCAGGUAGACAGAAGAAUAUCAUUGGAUGAAGUAAACACAUCUUGCAGAUAUGAGAGGAGUAAUGGAGUGAGGAACUCCUUGUCACAGGAGAUAGGGGAGGAAGAGGAAGUUUGUGGCAGGCUCAGAAAAGGGGGAAGGCGGGAGGGGGGCAGCUGCAGGGUUCGAGCAGAGCACAGGCCCCAUGCACACUCGCUCAGGGAGGGGUUGAGGCAGGAGGGGGAAGAGAGCAGACGGUACCGUGGAGAACCUAGCAGGAGACGUGUGAGGAGUGAGCGAUGGCAGGGUAAUCAGGAGGACAGGUCGAGUACUGAAGAAGAGGAGGAGGACAGGGAAAGGGAAAGAAGAAGGGUGGAGCCUCGUGCACCAAGGCACCCCCAGCGCAGCCUCAGUGCGUCUCACAGAGGGCGCUCUCCUGGAGCAGGGGAGAGGGUGAACAGGCCCUCUCUGGAUUUGGGCGAACUUAGGCAGGUCCUGCAGGAUGAAGAACUCGCCCACAGGCUACAGGCAGAGGAAGAGGAGUUGCUCAGAGUGGAUCUUGCAUCUGCCGCUCCUUUAGAGAGAUCUUACCCAAAAGGAGACUUUACAGUAGCACAGGUUGCUCAGGAUGAGGAGAUUGCUCGCUUCAUGCAGAAGCAAGAGAUAAAGGCACAGCUGCGGUCUCAAGAACUGGAGGAGCGUGUCUCUGGGCGAGGGUACAGGGAAAUGAGUCAUGCGUAUGAUAACACUGAGGUCUAUGACGGACAGAUGUCGAGAGAGAGACUGAACUCAGACGGGCUUAUGUCUCCUGCCGAUGAGUGCUCUCUAGAACGCCAACCUCAAAGUCCAGUCACUUUGGAAGUGCAGCAGCAUCCCAUCAGGAAUGUCGCUGAAGAACUGGAUCCAACCUUUCAACGGAAAGAUGAUGUGCAAGCAGUACAGAGUAUUUCUGGCACAGGCGAAAUCCAGACAACGCCACAGACAUGGUCAAGCGAGGAGCCUGCGUUCGUGGCACCAACUAAGCGACAUAAUGAGAAGGCAGUACGUGCAAAGUCUAAAGAGAAAAAGGAGAACUCUAAAUCAAAAGAGAACUGUAAACAGCAGUGAUGCCAGUCACCUGGAUCUGCCGCUUGUGUUAUGAACACAUUAACAGGGUAGGUUGAACACUACAGCAACAGAUAAAAGCUGGGGGCAUAUCAAAGAGUGAUUCAUUUUAGUUUUGUUUUUUACUUUUACUUUUGUUUUCCUUGAAAUAUUUGGGGACAGGGAGUCAUGUGGGACACUACACAAAGGCAUAAAGCUACUUACCUUUUUGUCUCCAGGGGCAUUGGGAAUAAACCGGUGUGCUUUUGUGUCAGUUUUCAUUUUUAGCACAUUGUGCAGCUGGCAAAGGGACUGAGAUGGACCCUAGGGAUCUGAGCGUCUGAGAAAUCAGUACCUAAAUAACCUAGAAAUUAAAUGCUAUUGAAAAAGAAAUUGUUGGUCCAGCCCUGUCUCUGUAUUUUCAGUUUACCUCAUGCUUCCUGUCUGUCAUUAUCUACACUGUAAAUGCUUCUUAGUCUUCCUUUUGUUCCCUUAUGUUUACAGAACUGAAAGUUUGCCCUAUCAUUGUGCUCCUGAAAUACAUGUACAGUACAGUUUAAAACCCUGUUUAAGAAUGGUUCUCAGUGUAGAAAUGACGGUGUAUUCACAACUGUUUUUCUGUCAUGUUACUGUCUAAAGAUGUUUGGAGAAUCAUAUACUGCUACACUGGUUACACAAGCUAUGGAGUCUGAUAUAUUAAACAAAAUAUAUAAAGAA